AAGUUAUCCUUCACCAUUUGUAGAGAGAGGCCAACUGCAUGGAAUGGCGUCGAUUAAUGCGAAUGAAUGGGAGCACGUGUCAAACUCAUUCCAUGGAGGACCAAGUGUCUGCGUGUUUUCGCUCCACACCUGUACUUGAUUAAUGAAUUAAGACCGACUCAGAUUAAGUCUGAGGCUGUUAACAUCAACAGUGAGGACAAACCCAGCCUGCCACUCUCCUUCCACACUGAGUAGAAACCUACAGUUACUGGGUCCUGAUUGUGACAGUGGAGCCCAGUUUGUAUUGCAGGAUCCAGAGAUGGCAUCAGUGAAGCUGGAAGACUGCAGUCAAACACUGGAGCUGAAUGUAAACAUUAAAGAUGAAGAAGAGGAGGAGAAGAUUAGGACAACUGUUAGUCAUGGGUACCAUGUUGAGACAUUCUCCACAUCCAGAGAGCAACAGCAGGGAGAUCAGAGAGCUAAGAAGUCUCAUCACUGCCCACAUUGUGAAGAGAUUUUCCCAUUUCUAUCAAAGCUAAGAAUACACCUAAAAAUACACACAGGAGAGAAGCCUUACUCCUGCUCUGACUGUGGAAAAUGUUUUAAAACAUCAAAUGAGCUAAAGGUUCAUCAGACAACACACACAGGAGAGAAGCCUUUCUUCUGCCCUGACUGUGGAACUAGUUUCUCUCAGCUUUCCCACUUAAAAUCACAUGAACGUAUACAUACAGGGGAGAAGCCAUACUCCUGCUCUGACUGUGGGAAAUGUUUUAAAACAUUAUAUGAGCUAAAAGUUCAUCAGAGAACACACACAGGAGAGAAGCCUUACGUCUGCUCUGACUGUGGAAAAUGCUUCACAUCAUCAACUCAUCUAAAAGUUCAUCAGAGAACACACACAGGAGAGAAGCCUUAUUCCUGCUCUGACUGUGGAAAACGUUUUAAAACAUCAAAUGAGCUAAAGGUUCAUCAGAAGACUCACACAGGAGAGAAGCCUUUCUUCUGCUCUGACUGUGGGGCGAGUUUCUCUCAUCUGGGCACCUUAAAAACACACCAACUUAUACACACUGGCGAGAAGCCUUACUUCUGCUUUGACUGUGGAAAAUGCUUCAAAACAUCAACUGAGCUAAAAGUUCAUCAGAGAACACACACAGGAGAGAAGCCGUAUUACUGCUCUGAGUGUGGAACUAGUUUCUCUAAAUUUUCCAUCUUAAAAACACAUGAACGUAUACAUACAGGAGAGAAGCCUUACGUCUGCUCUGACUGUGGAAAAUACUUCACAACAUCAACUCAUCUAAAAGUUCAUCGGAGAACACACACAGGGGAGAAGCCAUACUCCUGCUCUGACUGUGGAAAACGUUUUAAAACAUCAAAUGAGCUAAAAGUUCACCAGAGAACACAUACAGGAGAGAAGCCUUAUGUCUGCUCUAGCUGUGGAACUAGUUUCUCUCAACUUUCCCAUUUACAAUCACAUGAACGUAUACAUACAGGAGAGAAGCCUUUCUUCUGCUCUGACUGUGGGGCGAGUUUCUCUCAGCUGGGCACCUUAAAAACACACCAACGUAUACACACAGGAGCGAAGCCUUAUUCCUGCUCUGACUGUAGAAAAUGUUUUAAAACAUCAAAUGAGCUAAAAGUUCAUCAGAGAACACACACAGGAGAGAAGCCUUAUUCCUGCUCUGACUGUGGAAAAUGUUUUAAAACAUCAAAUGAGCUAAAAGUUCACCAGAGAACACACACAGGAGAGAAGCCUUACGUCUGCUUUGACUGUGGAACUAGUUUCUCGCAACUUUCCAGCUUAAAAUCACAUGAACGUAUACAUACAGGGGAGAAGCCAUACUCCUGCUCUGUUUGUGUAAAAUGCUUCAAAACAGCAACCGAGCUAAUAGUUCAUCAGAGAACACACGCAUGAGUGUCUGCUCUGACUUUUGGGUGAGUUUCUCUCACCAUAGCAACUUAACACACCAAUGUAGUCACACAGGAGAGAAGUCUUACUCCUGCUCUGUGGAAGGGUGGGCGUGUAACUCAAACUUCUAGCCAAAGGCUGCUGUGUUUAGAAUCUCAUCAAGGAGGACUGUAGCAUUUUAGCUAAUCAGCAACUUUGCAACUACUUACUACUUUUUAGCUAUUACUUAGUAUGUUAGCAUAUCAUACAUAUUACAAGUUCGUAACAUAUUGUAUGAAUAGCAAUGCGUAAAAUAACGUAAGAAUUGUAAUUCGUAACAUACGAUACUUCCUAGAAGUUGUAUUAUACUGAACAAUUUAAACACAACAAUUUCAAAGAUUUAUAGUUUGUAUAAGGAAAUCAGUCAUUUUAAAUAAGAGGCCAUAAUCUAUGGAUUUCACAUGACUGGGCAGGGGCUCCGCCAUGGGUGGGACUUGGGAGGGCAUAGGCCCACUUGGGAGCCAGGCCCAUUCAAUCGGCAUGAGUUUUUCCCCACAAAAGGUCUUGAUUACAGAUAGAAAUACUACUCAGCCCCCUCCAAGACAAUCCUGCAGGUGAAGAGGUCCUGGGCUGCCGUAGUUACAUGUGAUCUGCAGUUGUGAGGCCGGUUGGAUGUACUGCCAAAUUCUCUAAAAAGACGUUAGAGGUGGCUUAUGGUAGAGAUAUACAUAUUGAAUUCUCUCCUGCAGUCAUCAUGCAAUUGCACAUUCCCUGAACUUGAGAUAUAUGUGACAUUGUGUUGUGUGGCCUUUUAUUGUCCCCCAGCACAAGGUGCACUUGUGUAAUGAUAAUGCUGUUUUAUCAGCAUCUUGAUAUUUCACACCUGUCAGGUGGAUGGAUUAUCUUGACAAAGGCUGAAAUGCUCACGAACAGGGAUAGUAACAAAGUUGUGCACAACAUUUGAGAGAAAUUAGCUUUUUCUGCACAUGGAACAUUGCUGGAAUGUUUUAUUUCAGCUCAUGAAACCAACACUUUACAUGUUUAGUUUAUAUUUUAGUUCAGUUUUUAUUGGUAUUGUAAUGUAACCUAACAUACUAAAUGGAGUGGCACGGAUGUUUUUGUAAUACAUAAUACGUUUUGCUCUGAGACCAGGUUGUCCCUCUGCAGUAUUUUGUGGGAUUGAGCUAGUAGACACUUCUUUAAAAAAAAAAAAUGUUAACCUUUAUUUAACUCUGCAAGUCUGUUAAAAACAAAUUCUUAUUUACAAUGAUGGCCUAAGAACAGUGGGUUAACUGCCUUGUUCAGAGGCAGAACAACAGAGUUUUACCUUGUCAGCUCGGGGACCUUUUGGUUACUGGCCCAACGCUCCAACCACAAGUCUACCUUCCGCCCCUAACAUGUAUCAGAUAGAGAUGGUGUGAUGAUCACUUUUCACCACUAGUUUGGGGGGAUUAUUUUACAACUUUAUUUAAUGAUACACAGUUUAUGAAAUGAAUCCAUGUGUUUAUUAAUGGUCUUUUAAACUAGAUUAGUUAUUUUAGUUACUGAUCAUGAAUGUGUUUGGAUAACUGCAUUGAAGCAAACUUUAUUGAUCUGCCAAUGAAAAAUAAAGUUACAUGAAUAUGUACUGGUCAACCUCUU